AAACUAUCAGGCCACAUUGAACGUUAAAAUACACAAUGACAUAAUUGAGUAAUAAUUACCCCCAUUGACUUAUGGAAGUACCUUGUACAUAUGUAGCUCAAAGACAAAGAUAGAUCAAACCUGAUCAAACGUAUUAUUGCAAAUAUUGCUGCAAGUUUCCUAAUACCGGGUUAGCACGAACAUCGGGACGGAUCUGUAGAUCGCUGAUCAUAGGUAUUGAACGCGCACGUGAGAGGCCGGGAUAUCUCUAGGUCCUAGGAUAAACGUAAUUCCAGGCCAUAAAUACCUAGGUACAUAUAAUGACACCGAUUUGGCCGAUGAUUUGCCGUUCCGAUAACCGAUAACAGAAUUCCAGAAAGAGAACUCACAUCAGCUGGUAAGGAGCUUUACGAUGCAUCAUUCCUAUUACAAUUUUCAGACUUGGCUCCGUCUCAGAAUCGAUUCAAUUAACGGUAACCCCCUUUUAAAAGCCGAAUUAGCCGUGACUCUCUAGUCAGAAUGUAUCCUUUCGACUCCCAUUUAUCGACUCAGCCGUAGCGAUUCCUAAUAACAUUCUCAAUAGCUCAAUAGACAAAGGCUCCAAAUAUUUAUUCUGGUCGCAAAUCAUGUCGGCGCAGCCUACGUCACCUAGUUCGUCCGAUGUUGCUGCCGAUCAGCCCAAGGAUCGCAACGAAUCCCUGUCGGCUGAUGCUCAACCGAAGUCUCAAGAUGUGAAUCAGGAGAAAUCGGACGAAGAGAAGUCUCUAAACAACACAAAUAGCGCUGCGCUAGAAUCACUGUCGAAAUCUCCUCAAUCGCCUCAAUCGCAAGAAUCUGGCGAGGCUUCGCCCGUCCCUUCUGCUGACUCUGCAGCCGCCGAGUCUGGCGCUCCACCGCUACCCAACGAGCCACCACCAGCGACCGAAGAUGAUGGUUGGGACUUCCACUGGGAUGCGACGAGCCAAGCCUACUUCUUUCACAAUCGAUUCACCAAUCAGACUACUUGGGAAAACCCCCGAUUAGCAACGAAUAAUUCGACGUCGCAACCUGCCGCCGCCACCGAUUCUAGCGCCCCCGAGCCUCCGAAAAACGAGAAACCGCCCGCCGGAGGCUACAACCCAGCAAUCCACGGUGACUAUGACCCGAAUGCGUGGUACGCCCAAACAGAUGAGAAGAAAACCGACCAAGAUGGGGUCGCCUUAGAUCCGUCGGCGGCGUACGCGGCCAUGGGCACAUUUAAUCGGUUCACGGGGCGCUGGCAGGCCUCGGAUCAGACUACGGAGCGGCACAACGAUGAGGCGAAGUCGCGGCGGCAAAUGAACGCCUUCUUCGACGUCGAUGCCGCGGCCAACUCUCACGACGGCCGCAGCUUAAAGGCAGAGCGGUCGGGCAAGAAGCCGACGAAGGCCGAACUCAAGCAGUUUAAAGAGAAACGCCGGGCGAAGAAAGAAGAGAAGCGGCGAGCGUGGUUGAGGGACUAGCACAACCUACGUAGUAAAUGCAUUAGUUGAACCACGUGCUUGGUGGAAAGGGGGGAAACUGGUAAACUGGUAAACCAGGGAUGAAAGGGCGGGUGGCUGCAUCGUGCAUCGAGUAAAUGGCGUUGGUUGUGGUUCACGUACAGGGGAAGACGGGAAGUAGAUGGCUUCCCAUGUGGAAGCAUGCAUGGGAGCAUGGCAUACGAAAGCAUGGGAUGCAUUGCAUUUUACUGGAAACGUGGCUCGGUUUGUUCUAGAAGCCUCGCCCUUGACGAAGCUUGGACGGAGCCCAAAGAUCAAAACUCGUUCUUACGUUACAUUUCGCUCGGAUUAUAUACCCCCCAAUGAUAACUCACAUCUUAAAAAAAUAUCUAAGUAUCUAUAUAAUUACACGUGGCUAAAUCGUCACAAGAUCUUGCGG